AUGCAGAUGAGUGAAAGCAAGAUAGAUCGAACUAUCUAUACUUGCUUGGAUCGUUGGACACCGCUAGGCAAGCUAAUUGAAUUCAUCGAACCUACUGGUCCUAGGGACCCAAACCUUCACAUUUCAGCCUCUGUGGCGGAUGCCUGCAAUUCCAAGGGAUGGAAGUUGCCUUCACCUCGUUCAGAAAACGCUCUAACCCUGCAUAUACAUCUAACGACAUUGAGUUUGCCUAACCAAGCUCUUGGGACUGACACUUAUCAUUGGAUAAUUAAUGCUACGGACUGCAGGGGUUUCUCCUCGACAAAAACUUGGGAAGCUCUAAGACUGCGAGCUCCUGUCAAGCAGUGGAAAAUGUUAGUAUGGGUCAGUGGCUUGAUCCCUAGACAUGGAUUCAACAUGUGGCUAGCUCACAAGAGGGAGACUAGCAACGUGGGGUUUUCUCGCGGCUCGACAACAACAGACGUACCUUCAUCUCUUGGGAAGAACUCCUCUCCUGGACUCGACGAUCGACUUCAUCAGCGCCUUCGUUGCUCAAGAAACUCGUGGUUCAAGCUGCUGUCUACAAUAUUUGGCGACAAAGGAACUCGGCCCUACACAGCAACGGACACGCCUCUACUCAACAAACUUUCAAGAUGA